AUGUCUGAUAAUAAAGAGGAAUCAUACUCGAUGUACCCACCUACGAACACCAGCAAUAAUAACAAUGGACCUAUGCCACCUCCACAAGGAAACAUGCCAUUCUCUGUAUAUCAAGCUCCUAUGCAAAUGUACAGUUACCCACAAAGCCCUUAUAUAUAUGGUCAAGCUCCAAGCUAUUCCUUUAAUAUGAUGAACCAAAAUCCAAUGAUGUACCAAAAUAAUAGCCCGAACCCCAAUGCAUUGGGUCCACAGCAACAUCAUCAUCAACACCAACAGCAACAACAACAUGAUAUGAGAAUGAAUAAGAAGAAACGCAACACAAAUAAUAAUAACAACAACAUGAAUGGUAUGAUGAAUCCAACUAUGAACAACAUGAACUCUAAACAUCAUAAUAAUAGUAAUAAUAACAACAGCAAUAACAAUGUAAAUAAUCCUAGUAGUUAUUAUCAAAACUAUAAUAGCAUGAAGAAAAAUUACCAACCAUCUAAUAAUGGUCCAAUAUCAUCUUCUAUUUCUUCAAACAAUAAUAAUAAUACCACUAGUAACGGUGCUUAUGAUAACUAUAGAUUCGAUAUGUCAAAACUAUCUAUGAAAAAAACAUUAGAAUUCCCAUUAUUCAUUAAUACUAACCAAAAGGAUUAUGCAGAAGCAAGAAAGAAAAGACGUGAAAUACAAUUGAAAUCUUUUCAAGCAACUAAACAAGUGAGACCAAUACCAGAAAAGGAAGAAAUAACUAAAAGUAUAGGUACUACUACUGAUUCCAAAAAUAUAUUAACGUUAAAAGAAAAUGAAAAUACCCUAAAGGAAAAGAAACUCGAAACUCCUGCGCCUUUCAAAGUAGCAGUAGCAGAAGAAAAGCAAGAAGAUACAGCAGAAGAACAGCAAACGGUUGAAUUAACUGAAACCAAAUCUGAUGAAAAAAAUAAACAAACAUUGGAACCUCAACCUUCCAUUGAAAUAAGGAAAGAGAAAGCGCAACAACAAAUCAAAGAAGAUACCAUAACACCACCCAAGCAAGAAAAUAUUGAAGUUGAAAUUGUAAGUGAACCAAAAACUAAAUCACAAAAUCAAACAACGAUAGACAAGCCAUCCACUCAUAAGAAGGAAAAACAUGAUAAGCACGAUAAACAGGAAAAGCAAACAUCUAAACAACUAUCUUCAGCGGAUACAAUAAAACCUUCGAAGGAAAAGUCAAAUGUCUUUAAAAAGGAAGAAAAAACUGAACAUAAAAAGAAAGAUAAAGAAUCUCGUUCCAAAAAGGAUGAUGUAACUUCACCUUCACCUUCAUCAUCAACAGUACCUUCAAUAUCACGGACCGGAACUCCAGAACCAAUAAAAUCAACAACUUCUUUAUCUACUAUACCAAGUACACCAAAAUUAUGGGCAGCUGUCGCGUCAGGUGGAAUUUCAAAAUCAAAACAAGUUAGUAAUACUACUGGGAAAUCUAUAGCUAGCAAAACCACUAUUGCCAUCAACGGGGAAACUUCCUCAAAGAAUGUACACAAUGACUCUAAUUUAAGAAUUCCCCAAAGGAAGGACCAAAAAUACAUCCCUUCUGUAACUAAAGGUGCUGAAUCAUUAGGUACCAUUGCAUUAAGAAUGUGUUUUGAUCCUGAUUUUACUAACUAUGCAUUAGAAACAACUUCAAAUAACAAUACGAAGGAUCAUAAAGUUCCAAUUAAAUCAAUUGUUUCCAGGGGGAUUGUUAAUGUCGCUAAUAUUUGUUUCAUGAGUUCUAUUUUGCAAAUGUUAUUAAGUUGUAAACCAUUUAUUGAUGUAUUAAAUGUUACCAGUACAAGAAACUUAAAUUCAAGAGUAGGUCCAUCAUCAACCAAAUUAUUGGACGCAUGUGUAGCUCUCUAUUCUGAAUUUGAUAAGGAAACUUUUGAAACAGAAAAGAAUGAAUCAUCCAAAAUUACAUCAUCUGCUUCAUCUCCAUCUCCUGUAGUACCAUCAUCAAAUGAUACUAGAUCUUCACCACCUUCUUCUUCCUCUUUUUCUUCUUCUUCUUCUUCUUCAUCGUCUUCAUCAGAUGAUACGAUGUUGACGGCUCCAGCACCUGAAAUUUCUUCUGCUUCUUCCUCCUCCCCUACGAAUAUUGAAAAGGGGCUUGGUUCUAAAACUCCAUCUACUACAAGGCUAUUAUCUGCUACUAUUAAACCUAGCAUUGUUGAUGCAAUUAAACCCGAUGCCUUCUAUAAAGUUUUAUCAACCAUACCUAAAUUCAAAGAUCUACAAUGGGGCCAUCAAGAAGAUGCUGAAGAAUUCCUUACUCAAUUAUUAGAUCAAUUACAUGAAGAAAUCAUCUCCGCAAUUGAAUGCCUAACAGAUAACGAAAUUGAAAAUCUAUUACAAAGUAUAACUGAUGAACAAUUGAAAAUUUUCAUAAUUAGAAACUUAUCUCGUUACAAUAAAGCUGAAUUUAUUACUAAAAUUUCUCCCAAAUUGAAAGAAUUAAUAAACAAAUACGGUACAAUGACAGACGACACCAAUGAUUCAGGUGAUUCAAGUAAUGAAUGGCAUGAAGUCAGUGGUACCAGUAAAAAAGGUAAGAAAAACAAGACCGCGGUAAAACGUACCGUUGACGUGACACCAUCACCAAUCUCAAACAUAUUUGGUGGUCAAUUCCGUUCAGUAUUAGAUAUCCCAUUCAAUAAAGAAUCACAAUCAAUUACAUUAGAUCCGUUCCAGACGAUUCAGUUAGAUAUUUCUGAUCCGAUGAUUAAUGAUUUGGAAACUGCAUUCAAAAAAUUUAGUGAAUUUGAAUUAUUACCAUUUAAAUCAUCCAGUGGGAAAGAUGUUGAAGCUAAAAAACAAACUUUCAUAGAUAAAUUACCACAAGUCUUGUUAAUUCAAUUGAAACGAUUCUCUUUUGUUAGUAAUAUCGGUAAAGAUAACGGAAUGACUAAUUAUAAUAGUUAUAAUGGUCGUAUCGAAAAAAUACGCAAGAAAAUUAAUUAUAACCACGAAUUGCUCGUUCCUGUGGAAUCUGUAUCUUCUGCCAUUUUGAAAAAUAAUGAAUCCAGUAGGAAAUAUAAAUUAAGAGCUGUGGUAUAUCAUCAUGGUAGUAGUCCAGAUGGUGGUCAUUACACUGCAGAUAUUUAUAAUAAAGAUUUAAAGAAAUGGUUUAUGAUAGAUGAUGUUAAUAUAACGGAAUUGGAAGAUGCAGAUGUAGUAAAUGGAGGUGAUAAUGGAUUAGAUACAAGAACGGCAUAUAUUUUAAUGUAUGAGAAGGAAAUCUAA